AUGUUUUACAAGCUUGUUUUUAUUUUGUUUUUACAAUUACAAACGUUUGUAAAACUUGUUUUUGAAGUCGAAGAACUACGCCAAAUGCUCUUCCAAAUGCAAAACGAAAGCUCUGCUUUCUCCCCAACAUCAGCUGCAAGUCGUUUUCGUCAACAACAUCCACAACAUAUACAAAAACCCCAAAGUCCUCCUUCACCUCCACAUCCUUCUAUUCCUCAACCAGUACUACAACAAACAUUUCAGUCAACAACAAAUCAACAAUUAAGACAAGCUUUGCUUUUACAAAACCAGGCUGCAAUUAAUAAUAGCAAUUCUCAGGGCCAGGCUCAACAACAAUUUCAACACUCAGGAAACGCAAACAAUUAUAAUUCGCAUGUGCUCCAACUUUUUCUCUCUCAAGCAUCAGCAAACCAACAGCAUCAUUCUCAGCAUUCUCAAAAUUUAUCUCACCCUCCAAUGAGUUCCGCUUCCUCCUCCUCAACAUCCGCUACCAAUCCAGCAACAGCCCCAGGCGUUAAUCGAAUACUUGAACAAAUUGGACAGCAACUUGAUAUUGCUACACUACAAGGGAAUGGAAGCAAUCCAUCAAAUGCCCAACAAAGCACAGAAAAGCAGCAACAACAACUUUUAGUUUCCACAAUUCAGAUGCUCCAACAAGCUGCACAAAUUCAACAAAUUAAUGGGCAAGCAUCGCAGCAGCAAGGAAGUGGGGCUAGUACUCGGAAUAAUAGUAUUCAGAGUGGAGAAUCAGUCUUUUACGAUCCCUCAAAUAUGGAUGUUAGUGAAACAUCCUCAUCUUCUUCCUCUACAAAUGCACAGGUUAUGCUGCAAACUUCACCACAAUUACUGUUAGACUCAAAACCCGCUGCUCUACUUCAACAAUUGCAACAUCAACAGCAACAAAUAGUCAAUGUAAAUCAAAUUCAACAACAACAACAACAACACCAACAGAAUCAGCAACAACAGAACUUGCUAAACCCUAAUAAUCGAAAUAAUCAGUUGGAUUUGAUUAGCGCUGCAAUUUCACGCACAAAUGCUGCUGUAACCUCUCAUUUACUCUCACCGGCACAUGGAGGAGAAACUAAUGUUAUUCAACAACAGCAACAACAAUGCAAUACUACCCUCUCUAAUACUCCCAUGGCCGCUAAAUUAGCUACACUUCAAACUUUAUUAGUCUCAUUACAACAACAGCAACAACAACAACAACAAUUAGCUUUACAUCAACGUAUACAACAACAGCAGCAUCAAACAGCAGUUAUUUCAAAUGCCAAAAAUCAGCAACAUCACUUUGCUGCCCCAAAUAAAUUUGUUUUGCAGCAGUCACCAACACGUGAUAAUAUUCCUUUAUCGGUUUCUGCUGUAGCAGCACAUCAGCAACAACAGCAGCAUUUUACUCCUAGAAAUCAACACCUCCUCCAUCAACAUCACCAUUCUGCUCCAGCAGUUCCCGUUCCCUCCACCUUUACUCGAAAUUUACCACAACACCAACAUCCCCACCAAACCCCACAACAGCGUCAUCACGAUACCAACCACCACCAAUUACUUCAACACCACCAUUCUGCCCAACAUGAACGUGUUGUUGUUGUAGAGCGACGUAGAGCAGCUAGCGAUGAUUAUAUUCAAAGUAUAUGCUCGCAAAAAUAUACAGAAGAGUAUAUUCAACAAAUACAAAUACCUGUACCUGAAGCACACGCUUGCGAUCCAAAUUUCCGCCCUCUUACUGAACAACAAGUUAUCCAACAAGUUUUACAAAAUAAAAAAUAUGAGAAUCAAAGUGUUGCGGAAACAAUGGCCCAGUUGUGUAAAAAGUUGGCAGAAAAGCGUGUUUUUGGUUCUCGUUUAAUGUCUAAGACAACUGUAGCAGCUCCUAAUCAUUCGAGUUAUAGUAAUUUGCCGUUGCCGGGCAUAAUCUAUAUUUAUUAUGUUUGCCAAAAAGUGCUUUUUAAACGUGUUGAAAAAGAGGAAGAAUUUAAGGAGUGUUUUCGUGAUGCAAUGCGUAAAUUGGCUGCUAGAUGCCGUCGUGUUCGACAUGCUCGAAAAAAUCAUAACUCCAGGCAUGGUAUUGCUGUUAAUAGUGGAGGCUUAGAUAACCCUUCGUUAAUGUUAGGCAGCCAACCAACAUCGGCAUUUACUCAAUUUAACAGCGGAAUGUCAAGAAAUAAUUCUCAUGGAACCGAGGAUUCUAUUUGUAAUGCAGAAACAAUAAAUGCUUUAGUCGAAUUAGCAAAUAGACAACAACAAUUCCAUCAGCAUCAACAACAGAAAUUUUCAUUAAAUUCAGCUUUGGGGAAUUUUGAGAAUACUCUCACUGCAACAGAAUUGGCUUCUCGAAUUUCCGACGUUGCUACUGGAAAUGGUUGUAAUCAUUCUCCAUUAGGAGCAACAUUAGAGAAUACUGUUUGCAUUACUUCACAACCAUCAAAUGUGGAAAAGAUGGAGAUAUCUGAGGAUAACGGUCUUUUAAAGGAGGAAAUUAAUGAGAGGGAAUUAAUGGAUGAAGAAUUAUUGGACGAAGAUUUGGGCUGUUGCCCUCUUUCUUCUCCUACAAUAUCUUCUCAAUCGACUGGAGAGGCUUCAAUUACACAUCAACAAAGUCCUGGGGAUGCGGACAGGGAUAGUAUUGAUACAAAUGAUCAACAAUCAGAAAUAUCCAAACCAACAACAAUUGUAAAUAUCAAACAACAAUUAUCUCCAAUAAAUAAUCAAAAAAAUACUUCAAAUAAUUCUCUUUUGUCUUCUCAACCAAUGGAUGCUUCUUCAUCUUCUCCUUGCUUUUAA